ACGCUGGAUCAGUUUCACUUUGCCUCCAUGGCUUGUAAAGAGUGACGAUCUCUAAAAGGUUGGAGAGAAAUCGAAGCAUUCGCAAGGUCAGUAAAGAUCAGAGAAAUGGUAUUCGAGUUAUUCAUCGACUCUGAGAAAAGGCGUCCAACAGAUCGAAAGUGCAGAUCCCGUCGAUAAGCAGAUCGUCGGUGGAGAUAUGGCAGAGGCGGGCAGGACCGUGAGGGUGAGCGGUCUGCCCACAGACAUCGAGGAUGCGAGGCUGAAAGACAAACUCCUCAUCCACUUUCUCAGAUCCGGCAACGGAGGAGGGGAGAUAGAUGCUGUCGUCAUCGUCAAGGCAACGCCGCCCGCCGCCCUCAUCACCUUCGAAGACAGAGGAGUGGCACAGAGCGUUAUUCAGCGCAGCCGGCACAUUCUGGAAGUGGACGGGAAGAAGUACAAGCUCACUGCAACUGAGCAUCGUGAAAGCUUGGACCCAGACCAGGUCAUUUUGAGUUUAUCAGCAACUGUUGACUAUAGCAAGCUCCCAGGAGGAAUCGUGGCACUGACAAGUAUCCGUAAGAGCCACCGUGAUGUCCAGAUAAACUAUUCCGCUACUGAGGGCUGCUGUACACUGUGUGGCUCCUACAGCGAAGUGCAGGCUGCCUUGGCACAAAUACUGGGAGGCACCGAGUCAGCAGAAAGCGAAGAUCAACCUGCCCCAAGUGGUAAUUUGUCUCUUCAGAUAGCACAGAAGCCUCAUGAGUCAGAAGAUCAGACCAGAAAACCUAACAAGCAAAGAGAAAAACGUCACCCUGACAGGCCUUCGGAUGAGUUCAGCUCAGGUUCACACAGAGACCUGACUCCUGGAGGUUAUGACUGGGAAGAUAAUGGGCAGACUGACGGAGCAGCUUUGCAGCUUCCCUCCACCUCAGAGGAGGACUUCUCACUCAUCCUGGAUGCAGACAUGUUUCAGUAUCUGCAGAAACACUGCCAGAAGGAAUACCAGCAAAUCCUCAGCCAGUAUGGCGUUGACGUGGUGGAUGUGACCAAUCAGGGUUUGACCACUCUGUUUCUGCAGAUUGCAGCGGCGGCGAGGGAGGGUGGUCGAGAGUGGGGGCGCUUAAAGUUGGCGAAAAAGGCGAUAAGUCAGCUUUACGAGGAGAAUGAGGCCAAGACCCGAAGAGCCCAACUCCCAAAGUCCAUCCUGUCCCCCAGGGGAGGACUGCCAAGGGCACUGGAGAUCUUAAGUGUCAGACUUCCCAAGAUUCUUUUGAACGAAGAUGACCGAAAUAUUUACAUUGUCGGGAGCAGCAGUGACGUGGCUGAUGCAAAACAUUUUCUUCUCCUGGACCACAUUAAAGUGAGGGAUAAAAAAGAGGAGGAUGUAGGCAGUCUGCUUAGAUUUCCUUCGUAUGAUUCUGGUUCAUCAGCUCAUGCUGGUGAGGAGAGACUCACGACUGUAGGAUCUAUUGAAGAUCAGAUUCUGAGGUCAGAGGAAGAUGAAAAAAGAGCUGAAGGUGCGAGAAGGUAUAAACUAGCUGCUAGGUUUAAGGAUUCGGCAUUGACUGGGUUAGGCAGUCGACCAAGUGACUUCACCCUGCGAUCAAACCCGUCUUCCAGCAGACAAACUCGCCCAGGACCAAUGUUAGGACGUGAUGUACUGUCAGAACCAGCAGGGAUUUCUGGUGAAGCUGUCUCCCAAGCCCAAAACACUGGUGGGGACAUUUUAUUUAAGAGUGCUUUGCCUUCUUUAGCCUCUACGCAGCAUAAAACCUCCUUAGAUCUAAUAGAUGCUCGACCCAAGACUUCCCUCUUUAGCACUCCUUUGUCCAGUUUGUCAGGAGUUACUGCGCCUCCACCUAUUGGAUCUGGAUCCAGCUUGAAGCGGGCCAGUAGUUUCUCAGGAACGCCUCAGCAGAAAGCCCAAGUAAUGAGUCAGAUGAGUAAAGACGAUUCCAGCAAAUCCACAAUCAGAGCCAGGGGCAGGUCUUCUAGCUUCAGUAACCGAACCGGAAGGGAGAAGAUAGAAGUUUAUAACGCAGAUCUUACAGUCUCCCGGGUGAUGUGGCAGCACAUAAAAGAAGCCUACAGCACCAGAGUGGAGAACCUGACUUCUGAUGUCCAGAUGAAAGAGAGCUGCUCAGAGGGCAGCAGAGAUCUGACAGUUACUGUACGAGGGGCAGAUUCAUCCAUAGUGACGUCUUGCCAGUUCGGCUUACAGAAGCUGAUUGACGUGGUUGGUCUGGACUUCUCUGUGCAGAAGCUGCACCUGUCAGAGCUGGGAAUCACCGACACAGCAGAUGAAACCUUGCAGGCUUGUUGCUCUGAGGUGCGGAGCCGCUUCAAGAAGGUUACCAUCCAGACAUUGAAGAAGACCUUAUUUCUUCUUGGUCCAAAACAGUUGUGUUCUCAGGUUGGUGCUACACUGCGGGAGGUGUUUUCUGGAACUUUGGCUCAAUCACCUGAACAACACCACCUCUCCAACUCCUCUAACUCCUCGAGUUCUUCAGAAAUAAAUGAGGCCAAAAGCACUGGUCAUUCCCAGUUGAUGCUAGAGAACCAAACAGCCGAAGGGACUGGCAGUAGUAGGAGUCAGGGAUGGAAAACGACCUAUAGAAGUGAUUUCGGUGAGAAAGAAGCGGUGAAUGGAUCCUUUAGCCAACCGCUAGUGAGAAAAGACCAUGUCAUUAGGGAGAAAGUGAAAAUUGCAGCUGCAGUAGAGAGUGACGCACAGAAAAGUGAGUCAUUGGUCAGUUACUUUGCAGCAGGAAACAAUACGACUGCACAACGCGUGAAUGGUGUCGGGCUUACCUCGACCUGCAGCGAGAAAGAGGAAACCCAGACAGACAGUGCAGGUCAAAGACAAAAUACAGAGAUCCAGGACACCUGCAUCUGUGUGUGCGGGAAGACCGGGACGUCGGUGGUGAGGACCAAAUGUGGGGUCUCCAUGUGCUCCAAGUGCCUGGAGACGGUGCACACCAACUGCAGAGUUUGCCCCAAGACGGAGCAAGUACCCUGGGGCAUCCGGGGCAAAAUGAUCCAAACGAGACUACAGUUCAGUGUACCGGGUCACAGCAAGGUCGAAACCACCAAGAUCACUUACUGCAUUCCUGAUGGUAUCCAGGGGGAGGGUCACCCGUCUCCUGGGAAGCCAUUUCAAGGAGGAACAUUUGAAGCCUACCUUCCUGACAACCAGAAGGCAAAGAGGCUGGUGCCCCGGCUGGAGAAAGCCUUCCGGCAGGGACUCACCUUCACCGUGACAGGCAAAGACGCCAAGGCCAGGGUCACCUGGGACUGCAUCCCCCACAAGACCAGCUUACAGGGAGGCAAAUCAGGGAGCGGUUACCCGGAUUCCAGUUACUUGACGCGCUUGUCUGAGGUCUUGACCUCCAAAGGGAUUGAGGAUCCGGCAACCAAGUCUCAAGAAUAAAAAAAUGCAGAGAAGGAGUUCCAAUGUUGGUUUUUAUAUAUGCAUUUUAAUUUUAUGUUUAAAGCAGUUUGCACUGAAAUUGUAUUUUGAUUAAUAGUGUUGCAUUUUGAUUGUUCAAAAGUCUUUUGUAACUCAAAUCUCUUUCAGAUAAGGGCAGAUUUUAUAAAUUUUUUUACAACCUUUUACACAAUUGUUUUUCUUUUAAGAAAGGUUCAGAAUUUAAGUGACCAGCAAUCACUGUUUGCAUUACUUCACACUUUUUUUUUUUUUUUUACAGUGUUUUUUAUACUCUACAGAUAGACGUUUUGUACCGUCCAGGUGGUUGGAAUCAUGGUAUAGUUAUUAAAAAUGUUAAUAUUUGUAGAAAUCUCAGUUUUUAAUGGGUACACAAAUAAAAACAAAAAACACAUUCCCUGUCUUUUUUUGUUAUGCUUUUUUUAUUAGUCCUGGAAAACAUGUAAGGCAUAUGGUAACAUUACACACUGAAGCGUUACAAGCUCUAAAGGCCAUGUGGACAACAUGGCACCACGCAGUAAACCCAGAGUCAAGCACAGAAGCAGCAUCAAUUCAAAGGGUUUAAAAAACAAAGUCGAGACGAGAAGAAGUGUGUUUUGCAACCAGGAAAACAAAAAAAAAAAUCAAAUAAAAUAGAACAACACAAGGAAGGACAGAGUAAAGGAGAUCUAGAAGUCAACCUGUUGGGUAUGCCUUGUAGGAAAUUACCAGCGGCGACUGAACUCUAACAGGAGUUGUGUAGCGGGAUGGAUGUGUUUCUGAAGCAUUCCCAGAGAUUCGGUUAAGAUGUCUCGUGAGUAUACCAGCUGGCAGUGCCCAUGCUGAAGGUGAGGACAGGUGGCACAGGGGGGGGGCAGCGGACUGGCAUUCGCCUCCUUCACACCAAACCACUACAUGACGACUAAACUAACAUGGAAAAAGACAGUGAGCUGUACAUACACACAUGCCUUAUUUUCUAACUGACUAAACAUGCAUUCUAGUACUGUACAUGACAAGCCCAGCCAGGUUGCACUUUCUUAGCAUCUCUGCAAUGCUGCUGCAUUGCAUCACCUUUAGAAAUGGCUGCUAACGAAACAGUAGCUGCAGGCAGAUGUGGCUGUUUGGGUUCUCAGUGUGGACGAGCGAAACGCAGCGGCUCGGAAAUUGGAAAUAAGCCACUGACGGGUCCUCUCCGUUUGACUCGGAAUACUAAAGCUUACAUCAAACAUGGAUGGCGUGACGGAAAACUGGUGUGACAGUUUGUGCAGUGAACUCAGUGAAACAAUGAUGUGUGUGUUAGUAAAUGCAAAGAUAAGUGGUUUCUUACAUGAGGAAAACUGCUGUUUGGAAUGACCUGAGAAACCAUAUAAAAGAACGAAAUUCACCUCAGAGCUGAACGGUGGGCGCCUGUGAAGGACUUCAGCUACAAGCCAAGACAGACAGAAGCUAUUGGAAAUACUACACUCAUUGUGGUUUUCAGAGCUAAAACUAUGAGUGUUAAUCAAGUCCUAUCAAAUCUAAAACUGCAAAGGUUCAGAAAGAUUUGUGUAUUUGUACUUUGAAACACUGUUUUGUCUCCGGUGCAUCUCUGAGUUGCUAAGUACUCUUGCAUAAGUGUCUGGAAUGGCUGGGAAAGCGUUUCAAGAUGAUGGAAAAGCUCUCAGACGGCAGGUCAAAGUAGAAAGAGGGGUGGGCUUCAGUUUGAACCAGACAUGAAACACCCGCCCCGCUGAUUGAGUUCAUCUCAAAGGCAUCUUAGCGCUAAAGAGCCAAGAGGGGAGGAUGUUGAAAGCAUAAAAAAGAAACCAAAAAAACAGGAUUAUAAUCUGUUUUCCACAUGCACAUGAAUGCAUGCAAUUUCAAAUUCCAGAUGUGAUGUUUUAUUUUAUGCAGAGGGAAAGGGGCUGAUAUGGAGUUUUUGGCUCUGCAGAUGCAUCACAGGAGAAGAGGAAGGACUCUAACAAUCCUUAAAGCGAACUAAGAUCAGCUGUAAAGCGGAAAUGUUGUGUCUGGAGCAGGCCGAGGCUGAGCUGCGAUCAGCCAAUAAGCAGGAGGAGGUGGUGGUGGGGGGGUUUGUUCAGCUGUGUUACAGUAUUGGCAGCCCUGCACAGCUGUGUGAAAACAUCUGCUCCCUCGCUUGUCAUAGGAACCAUUUUGGAAACAAAAAAAAAACAGAAAUCCAUAGAGAGGAAUACCAUGGAGAUUUUCUAGUGAACCUAUACGUCUUUUGGUGGAGUCUUGAAUGCACCUUGUCCGGGUCCUUUUCACUGUGAUACUGAUAUUAAAAGUUGUAAACACCACCAAGUCGUGGUUUGACACGAUGCGAGAGCUGGUAAAACACAGUGAAAAGGAUAGAAGGGGGGCCUCGGAUUGAGGUAAGCUGUGUGCGAGGAGAGAGAGAGGCACAGUGCAGGCCUACGCUGGAGCAAGACUGCAACCAAAUCCAAAAAAACGUACAAAUUGUGUUCAACCUUUUUUUUUUGUGUAAACUGCAGCAAAAAAUUCUGUCAGCACCCGUGACCUUUUUUUGGGAUACAAAUCUGACACACUGUGACGACUCGGUUUUUCAUAUUUUCUUCAAGGUUGACGGAAAAUGCAUCCAAAAAAAAAACAGAAUUAUUCUUCAUAUUUUUUUUUUAUGCACUGUUAAUAUUCAAAGCAUCGACAGAGGAAUAUACAUUUGGCACACAUGGUUCGGACCAACAGAAAGUCACAUUUAAAAGGAGUGCAGGUUGGCAGGUCCCCACAUAUAGAGUAUGAGCUUUGAACUUUAAACCCUUGGAUAACAAAACGAACAAACGAACAAAAAAAAAAAUAUAUAAAGGUAAAUUAAAAUAACAUAGUAAGUAAAACAUCUUUUUAAAUUUUUUUUUCUUUUUUUUUUCUUUUGUAACUGAAGCGUUUUGUUUCUCACAUGGCACUUGGAACAGAAGCACCGUCCACAGGUUCACAAAGGGAGCCCAGCAGAUUAGAACAGAACACUAACCAGGAGGCUGACAGGACACAAUCACUCCCCACAACCAGCGUGGCGGUCGCACUCCGGCCUCCACCACCACGUUUUACUUCCCACAGCCGAGGAUGCAUGAAUGCAUUGAUUUUUUAGCUGCCACCCAGGAGGAGAAAGUUGGCCUGGGUGAGCUUUUUUCUUUUUUUUUUUUUUUUGUGCCACCUGUGCUUUCAGCUGUGAGUGGAUGAUGAUGGGGCUGCAGAAGCUCUCUUCAAGGUGGGACUCGGAGUGCGACCGCCAUGCUUGCAAGUGCAUUAAGAUCAGCGAGCAGAGUGCAAAAUACUAAUACCAACUGUCCUCGUAAAACACAGGCCUCUUAUCAGACAGGAGUAAGAAUGGGAAGAGGGGGGGGCGGUUUGGAGCUACAUAAUACUGUAGCUGGAGUAGUGUAAAGGAAGGGGAGGGGGGUAUGUCGGGGUUGGUAGGAAGGUUGGGUGCUUUUUAAAACCUGACAUAGACCUGAGGACACACACGUCUUCACACACAAUGGCACACCACACACAGCACAUGAGGGGAGGCCACUCAUGCUAACACAACAACUUUUUUUUUUUCUCCACUCGUUUUUUUUUUUUUUUUUUUCAUACAUUUUUUUAUUUUGUUUGUUUUUUACAAAGUCACUAGUCACCAUCUGAGUCUCAACACUAAGGCCGGACUCAGAGACAAGCGGAGGCAGGUAGACAAACACGUGAGGUUUGUGUCAUGACAGAUUGAGAGACCACCCAGGAGGAUCUGUGAUGAAAUACUAAGAAUUUCUACUGUCCAUUAGGGGGAGCGGUGCGCUAUUUUCGCCAGCACACAUUGUCAGGAAUAAAUCAGUAAUUGCACAUUCCUUUAAAAAGUGCUUCAUCUUUGCUGCUCUUUUUUUUUUUUUUUUUUUUUUCAAUCGUCAGAAAUUCUUAAUACGUUUUACACCUGUUGCCGAAUACAGAGUCAGGAAAGCAGAAAAAAAAAAAAAAGAGAGACGAAGGGAGAGGAGGGAGUCGGAGCAACAGUGCCAUCUCUGACGCCUGUUGCUAUGCCGACCAUAGAGAGGGAAAUGGAAAGAAGGGGGAGAGA